AUGAAAAUUUCGCAACUCAUCAUGGCACACUCACGCAUUUCUAACUUUACUGGCGAAAGCAUCGCAUGCUAUAACAUCGAUUCCUCGAAAACGAACCUUUUUGAUAGUCUACUGAUAACAGCGAAUUGUGCUUUGUUUAACAAAACUGAACUUAUUCCGAAAAUAGUUUGUUUACUACACGAAAUGCGUAGAAUGGGUCGAAUUUCAUUACACAAACAUACGCAUAUCAACGCAAGAAGAAGAAGGUACGCGCAUUUACAAGGAUCCCAACCAAUAUCUUCACUCCUGGAUAAUCAACUGUUCCACACAAAGGCUGGUGUCGCCUACUUAUUCUCAAUCAUUGGUUGUAUGGCGUACAACUACUUACUGGUUAGUAGUCGAUGA